GUUGGCCCCACACUCUCGCCACCGAGCGACCAUCAUACAUGGCGCCGAUCGACCGCGACAAGCUCCUCUCGUGCUUCACGGCGCACGUCGCGUGGGCGGAGCGUCCCUGCGUGCAGCGCACCUGGCGAACGCUGCGUGGGGAGGCGCCGCUGGGCAGCAGUGCGCUUCCGAAGCCUCCCGCUUCGUCAACCGCAGCGGCAGGGUCGUCGAGCUUCACGGGCGUCGGCCGCAUAUUUGGUCUGCACAACUUCGAUGCGGGCGGGCUGCUGGGCGAUGGAAACUACUCGCAGGUCAUCCAGGCAACGGUGAGACCGACGCAGGAGCAGGUGGCGCUCAAGAUUGUCGACAAGGCAAAGAUGAACCGCUACCACAAGGCGGACGAGGUCAUCGUCGAGAAGUACGUGCUCACGCACGCUGACCACCCCUCCAUCAUCCGGCUGUACCACACCUUCCAGGACGCCUCCGCGCUCUACCUCUGCCUCGAGCUCGUGCCUGGCGGCGAGCUGUGGGCGCUCUGCCACCGGCGCGGCAUACACACCUCGCACGCGGCGUACUUCGUCUCGCAGCUGUGCGAGGCGCUGCAGCACCUGCACGAGCGGCGCAUCGUCCACAGAGACGUCAAGCCGGAGAACGUGCUGCUGACCGCCGAGGGGCGGCUCAAGCUGAUCGACUUUGGGUCCGCGAAGCUCAUGGACGCGGUGGAGACAGACUCGCCGCUGCGCGCCUCGCUCUGCCUCGCCGACCCCUUCAAAGACUUCGUCGGCACGGCGGAGUACAUGGCGCCCGAGGCGAUCGACAACAAAGGCACCGACUGGCGCUCGGACCUCUGGUCCCUCGGCUCCUUCACAUGCAUGCUCCUCGCCGGCGAGCCCCCCUUCCGCGGCGGCUCCGACUACCUCACCUUCCGACGCGUCCAGGCUCGCCUCUUCCACAUGCCCGAGGGGAUGCCGCCCGACGCCGCCGACCUUGUCGACAACCUCCUCGCCUCCAGCCCCGACCAGCGGCUCGGCGGCGGCGCGAGCCUCGACGAGCCGGCGGCUGCGCGGCACGGCGCCCUCCUCGACCACCCUUUCUUCGGCCGGCACGUCGGCGGCUCGGGCGGCGCCGGCGCACAGCCCCGCGGCUCGCUGCACCAGCGGCCCCUCCCCAUCCCGCGCCUGGCGGAGCUGUGCCUCGAGCCGGUCUGCACCAGGCUCACUCAAGGAGGCUGGGCGCGCGCGGCCAUUGGCGGCCCGCCAGCCUCGCGCUGGCCAGACGCCGUCUGCCGCGCGCUCGUCUUUGAGCUCGCGAGGAAGCGCGCGCUGACGGACGAGCUGCGGCAGCUGCUGCGGGCCGGCCCGCCUCCGCCGCCGAUCGAUGACGACGCGCUGAUUGAGGCGGCGCGGAACGAGGCGGGCGAGGAGGAGUCGCGGCCGCUAGGGACGCGACCGAUGUCGCAGGCGCUGCCGGCUGAGCUGGCGGCGAUGGACGAUGAGGAGGAGUUGCGGCAGGCGGAGGCGGGCGAGAUGUUCGGAGAGAGCUCCAGCGACGAGUCGGGAGGGGCCGAGGGCACGCUGGUGUGAGGCACAACCGGGGGGCGCGCCGCGCGUUCGAGUGUAUAGAGAUGAGUUGCGGUUGCGGUUGGGGAGACUGCAGCUCUCACCCUAUGCGGCAGUCGCCAGUCCAUGUCCCCCGCCCGCUCCCGCAGCCGCACGAGCGGUAAAAAUAAACACCUUGUCUAGUGCUACUCGUAGGAAAGGAUGUGCGGGGCGUAAAAUCUA